AUGACACCGAACACGCCAUUGACGCCGCAUGGCUCCGCCUCUAGAGGCAUUUCAGGAGGUCAUGACUCGAAUGCGAGUGAUUUUCACGCCUCAUCAUUGCCCCUCAUCAGACGAGAUGGGGAAAAGUUUGGGGAUCAAAAAAUCCACAGCGCGUGUAUUCAUCUCUUUUGGGAGAAUUUAGAUCAUCCGUGGGCCCGGUUCAGUGAUAUUCCAAAUGAGGCUCUUCUACAGAUGUUUUCGCGUUUCGGGACAAUGUACAGGUGGCAUUCACAAGAGAAUGAGAACAUAUUUGAUGCAUUCAAGUGUGUCCUCAAGGAUAGAUACAGAGAUAGGAUGAAAGGUAUUAGGAAACAAUCUGCCGACAUGGCACGAAAUGAUGGGAAACCCCUCCCCCCAAAGUUUUGUAGCUACUAUGAUGGGAUGCAUAACUACCGCCCCGAACGCGUACCGGAGACUGUGUGGCAACAGAAGUGGCAAAAGAAUUCAAAAAUCGCUCAGCAGAACCGCAACACCGCAGAUUCUAGUGGGUCAACAGCAAGACACACAGCGGGUAGUAUAAGAUUUGACCAGCACCGUAGGAAAUUAGAAAAAUUGAUGGGUAAACCACCCACACAAUAUGAUGUUUUUGUGCAGACGCAUGGCACCGCCGAGUCAAAGAAAAAAUAUUUUGAGGGAAAUCAUGAAAAUAUUGAAUAUUGCUCGCAGACGGCCAAAGAAUCACUAGAGGGGUAUCUGCAUGGGUUAGUCAACAAAUUUGGUGAAGAUCCUUCAAAUCGUAAGGAUGAUGUAGAUGUAUGGGAGGAAAGCCAACUUAGAAGAAAAGGAAAGAAGAAGGGUGCUAUCUAUGGGAUAGGAGCAUCGAAUAUACAUUUUUUGGUUUUAGGGACUCCAUCUUCCCAGUCCACCCAGUCGGAUAGCACACAACAAGAGGUUGAUAGGUUGCGUGCACAAGUUUCUGUCAUGGAACAACAACAACAACAAAUGAAAGAACAAAUGGAGAUGGUUAUGAGGAUAAUAAAUAUGUCUGGAAAUCAACCCCGUGGUCCCCCCGAUAAUCCACCCGAGGACAAUUGA